GUACGUUACUGGACAGGUGAGGUCGCUGGGAAGCGACCAUCGAGCGAAUUAAAACUGACAAACAAACAAAAAGUACGGCAAAUGUCAAACGAUUUUGAAAAGAUGAUUGAUUACGUUAAUUAUAGUGGCCAAAAGUUGUGUCAGUAAAAAAUCCGAAUGUCUUCUAAUUCGAAAAAGUCCCCUCGAUUCGAGGAUCUAAUAUCAACUGAAGAUGAUACCUUGGGCUCUUCCAUAAGUCUUAGUGUAGGUGAAAAUUCAAUUAGAAUAAAAGAAAAACCCAAGGUGAAUAAAGAUGCAGCACCAAGCGAGAAAAGUGAGAAAGAGAAAUGGUGGCUGAAAAAACCAGAUAAUAGAUUCGAGGUCUCCAAUGCUAUUCAGAUAGAAGUAAAAGUGAAACAGACUCCAUCCCCUUCGCCGGAUAUUAGUUCUUCAAUGAAAGAAUUUCUGGAGAAGGAAAAAAUGUGCAAAGCCAUACAUAGAUAUGAAAUAGAAGCAAAGGAUAAAGAUGACACCUUGUGUGAUAUUUUAGCUUCCGCAGCUUUUGACAAAUAUCCAUCUGAUUUUGAGAAUGCGACCGAUGAAGAUAUAGGUAGUAUCCUAGAGGAAAUGAGUAAGAUAGCUGGAGCUCUCAGUCCAAAUUCUGCUCCAGAUCAUACGAAAUCUAGGAACUCUUCCAAGAAUCCCACAGAGGAAGAGAAAUCUGUAGAAGAGUUGCUCGAAGAAGCUGAAAAACUUGUAAGGAAAAAUAGUAGUAGUUUAUCCAAGAGCGGAUCAAAAACUGAUACUUUAGUACCUGAAAAUAUUCCUGAAGAUGCAGAGGGUCUUAACAGAGUUAGGCAAUUGGAAGCUGAUAUCUUUCAAAUGAUAGAAGAGGAGGUGCAUAAAGAAACAGAGAAAAUUAAAAAAAGUCCGAAAAGCGAGAAGAAAAGGGAACACAGUCCUGGGUUCGAAGUCAUAUAUGAAAAUGUGAACAGUUUAAGAGCACCAAAAACAUUGGAGCUUCAGAGAAGAAAAUUUGAAGAACAGAAGGUAGAAGUAUCAAGUAGUUCUGAUUUGGAUGAUCCAAUUGAAAGGCAUUCUAAGUCAGAGGAACUAAAGAGCAUAAGGAAAAUGGAAUCAGACAAGGAUAAUCUACAGAAGGAGAUUAUCGAUGUAGAUAAAGACUUCUUUGAAGAUUUAUUAAAGAAAUCUAAAGAGAGAGCUGAAGGAGGGAUGUCAGGCAGUUCAAGCUUUGGGCAAGAAGACUUCUCACAUUUUUUAAAGCUUUUGCAAGGUCAGGCCGAUAAAAAGGAACAAGAAUCAAACAAUCUCACAGAUUCUUUUCGUUUACAAACUGCUGCUGAAAAACCAACUGUUGCUGAACAGAAUUCCGAAAAUGAUAAGAGUCCUGAUUUUCCUGAGAAGGAAAUUUCUGAUAUAUUACAGAAAGAAUUACCUCAAAUUAGAGAUUCGAAAUUUGAACAUGAAAUUACAGAAACAGACUCUAGUGUAGGGGCAGAUGAACAUAAAUCAUUGCAAAGCAAUAGUAGUAGCGGUAAAAGUGAGAUGAAAGUAUCUGUCAAAAAGGAUCAGCCAUCUCCGAAGCAACUUGCAACAACAGCAGAUACCAAGAAAGAAGAACUGUUCAUUGUUGGUCUGACGCCAAGAUUGGAACUGUUUGCAGAUGCGAUCCCUAAAUUAUUGGCUGAGAAGACAAUCGAGAGCGCAAAGAAACAGAAUGAAGUUUCGGAAGAUGCGAAACCGGACGUUCCUAAGACUAUAUUAAGGCCCGAAGUUAAAACUAAUGUAAACGCAACGACAAGUCAACGUAGCAAUAUAGAACGUAAAACUAAUCAGCCAGCUAGUGCGUCAAGUGUUAAGUCACAGAAAAAGGAAAUCAGGUUCUCUAAAUCUAAAAGUUAUGAUCAGAUUUGUAAGCCACCGUUUAGAACUUCUGUUGAAAAUUUAAAGACAGCUAAAUCUAUAGAUCCCCCGAAGAAAUCUGCUGUAACCAAUACCGCGAUCAGAAGAUCACCAACAUUAAAGCCAAAAUUGCAACCUACAGUGAAACGAAUUACAAAAGUCACCCCAAAGCCCAAGGUUUCUCCAAAGCCAAACAAGGACCCUGUUAAGACUGGUUCAACUCUUUCUUUGUCUUCCAUGUAUAAGGGGUACUCCGCUAGAUCACCGGACACUUAUUCAAAGGUUACAAUGGCUGGCGGUGACAACAAGCUGAAUACAACGAAACAAAAUUGGGAAAUGUUGUUUCGCGAAGAGAAACAUAAAAAUAAUCUCCUAAAACAACAGCUAGAGUCUGAAGCAAAAAUGUACAAAAGCCAAAUGGACAACAUGCGUAUAUCUUUUGAAGAGGAACUGUUUGCCUUGAAGAAGCAGAACAUAGUCCUAAAAGCAAAAGUAGAUGAACUUUCGUUGAACGAAAAACGUCCGGAACCUCAGCUUAAGAAAGACACGAAGAUUAUGUUUUUGGAGAAAGAAUUAGAGAAACAGGAAAAAUUAAUUCGCGGAUAUGAGACUGAGAAUAAGAAGUUGAUACAAGAUUUAAAACGAUUUCAAGAAGAAAUCAAGCACCUGCAAAAGCAGAAGAGUACAGCAUUUGAAUCAAGUAAGAGACAAGAGCUUGAGGACAAGGUUAAAGACCUCGAAGAAGAGGCUCUAAAAUUGAAUCUAGAAGUUUCUGAGAUUCGGGAGAAAAAUGCGGAUUAUGCAUUAAAGAACGAAGACUUGAGUCAGCAGAAUAGUUUGUUGAACGAUGAGUUGGAGAUGUUUAAAGAGCAGUUGAAGACGAAGAACGAUUUUAUCACUGAUAGACUACAAGCUAUGACGACAGCGGAGCUCGAAUUGAAGAAACAAGUAGAGGACUUGUCGGUGAAAUUAAGUUCUAAGACAGAACAAUUACGGAUAGUAAAAUUAGAGUUUGAGAAGCUCCAACAAAAUGUAUUGCCACUGGAGAAAGAGUUGCUGGAACUGAGAGUAAAGGAAGGUCUUUUACAAGAGAAGUUACAUGUAUCCAAGAGUCACGUAGAACGUGAGAAGCAGUUGUCACAGAAGUUGAAAGAUCAGGUGAUCUUGGAUAGUAAGAAAAUCACAGACUUGAACAGGCAAGUGCGCGAAAUGGAACGAAUACUUAAAAGAAAGAAUCCUGAUUCAGUUUCCGCUCUUAUACUGACUGCUAAUUCGGAACAAGACAAGGUCGGAGCUGAAAAGUUGAAGUUGUUGGAGGAUAGAAUAGCAAGUUUAGAAAAGGAAAUCAAGGUGAAGGAUGACUUAGCGCAACAGAAAUUGAUAGAAUUCCAGAAGAAGUUCUCUGACAUGAAAGAGAAAUACACCACACAGAUAAUGGAGCUGGAGGAAAAACUGUUGGAUGCUAAUAUCAAGGAACGUAAAGUAUACAACGAUAUGUUUACUCAGACAGUGUCAAAACUUGUCGAAAAUAAAAGUGUAGAAACCAUUAGGAGAGAAGAGAGGGCUGGGUCUUUCGAGAAGGAAGACAAAAAGGAGCAAAAGCCACAGGCUAAAGUAAAUUUGAAAUCUCAGAAUCCUAAGGAAGAUGCUCAUCUCUUGGCCACUAUAAGGGGAUUGAAGCUGGAACUAUCAAACAAGGAUAAAACGAUGUCUAAAGUCACCAAAGAGUUUCAGGAGUUACAGAAAACGAAUAAGAGGUUACAGAAGGAGAGGGAGAAACUGUUGAAUGACAGGAGAGCUAUCAAGGCUAUUGACUUUGAGAAAAUGAAUCGUGCUAUGGUGUCUUCUGAUUCAAAGUUGUUGAGCCUGCGAUCUACAGAGGGAAAUGACCAAAAUUCAAAUGUCUACCAAAACGGACACACAAAUGAAACGAACAGUCAAAGAUUGACUUCAUCUAUACAAAAGUUUUACGAUCCUCUGCAAUACACUGAGAAUGGAGACAAUAAUCUAGUGAAGAGGCUCACCGACGAGAACGAUAUCUUAAAGGAAGAACUAAGCAAAAUGAACAAAGACUUUAUGGCUCUGAAAAAUAAACGACUGCACGACUUGAAUCUCUUACAAGAAGAGCACGAACGCGAGAUGGCUACCUUACUGAAAGAGUACAGUGUCAAAGUUGGAGAUUCUAAAGUGGUAAAGUUACAGAGUCAGAUAAAUACGCAAGUGGCUGUGAUUUCUCAUUUAAAGCAACAAAUUGAGAAGCUGCGGGACUACAAAGAGCAAGUGGUUGUCCUGAAGGCUGAACGAGAACACUUGGAGAACAAAGUGAAGACAUUAAAUGAAAAAGUCAACUACUUAUCAACACCGGGAACAGAACAGCUACAAUUACUGCAGGAUAAGAUAACCAUACUUCAGCAACGACACGAGAGCAGGGAAAUGACUUUGCAGAGUUUAGUGCGCGAUUUGCUUCGGAAUCGAACGCAGUGCAAGGACUGCAAGAACGAGAAAGGGAAAAAUCGACAGUUAUGCUACUUCAGGCAAGAACUGGAUCACAUUCUUGGAAUGCUCCAAGAGAUCACCGACGUCCAUUGACUCCGUGACCCUCUGGUAGAUUAGGGUGAAACCUGGUGCUCACGUAAUAUCGAGAAAAAUGUACAUAGAACUCCUCAAAGGAAACAAUUUUUCUCGAUUCAUUAUUGGGCAUUGUGAUAAUUUGUAUUGUUACAGUGUGGAACCGAAGGUUUUGCUAGAAGACGUUAUAGUUCUAUUGUUAGGUACUUUAUAUAAACACAAACGAGGUAUAGGGUAUCUUCAAUGUCCAGUGUAUGUAUACGAGGAUCUCUGAAAACUUCAUUGCCGUCAUUAACUCGGAUUAGAAAUAAGAUUACGAUGCUAUUAAUGGUAGUGCAAUCUUGUCAGGUGUAAAGGAGAAUUCUAGUUCCCGUAUGAAGUUCAUCGUAUGCCUCGUCUGUGGUGGAAAAAGUGAAUAGGGUGCGCAGCCAAAAAAAAGUCGGGUCGGUGUUCUUUUUUUUACCGGCCCUUUUAAGGUGGCGACUAUUUAACUGUUCAAGAUCAUUCUCGCAAUAUCUUUAGUUGUUAUUAGCGUAUGGAAUAGCAGACCAGUGAAAUCAUAUCGAUCCUGGGAAAACUCGCGCGUAACGAUCGACUGGGAUCACUGCCAAAGAUAUUUAAACAAACAGAAAGAAUACGAAGGAAACGAACAAAUGACGAUGUUACUGCUUUUUUUAUCGUAACUUCUCGUCGACAUUCCUUCUUGCCAUUGUGUGCGUGCAGAACGCCUGGACUACGUCCAUAUUUGGAAGUAUAAUAAAAACGAAAAAAAGAGAAAAAGAGAAAAGAAAACGAACAAAACUAUGGAUAUUCAUAUAUCAAAUUGACAUAGAAAAUAUUUUGAUCUAUAUUUACUGAAAACAGACUUUUUAUUUAUCUAAUGACUAGUAAGACUACAGAGGCGUGUUGAACAGGACUGCUUCCGAAUCGGAACAAUAGCUUUAGUCCGAUGAUUAUCGUUAAGACUAUUUCGGCGGAGCGUAUUUGCCAUAUACGAGUAUAGUUGGAAGCAGGAUCAAAACGAGAUAUCUUCCAGAGCCGCGUAGAACGUUAGUUUUUUACAUGAGGCUUUUUUAGUAGAUCACGCUGUAUAUAAGCGUCAUCUUCGAUUGUUUCAACAAUCAUCGUAUUUAUUUUCUAUUUACACGGGGUGUCCCCAAUUCGCUGCCACGAGAUCAUCGAAUUCAGGACACGUCGCGUACAACAUUCAUUCUAUUCGCCAUCAACGAAGUCAUUUGUACACCCGAGUCGUCCAGUUGUAUAUCUAUUUAGUACACGUUAAGGGUAUUCGUUAUUAAACUGUAUUCGCACCCCACGGAGCACAGCGCAUAUCGCACAAAUCGGCGUGUCUUGUGUGUAUUGUCAUUUGAAUGUUCUCUCGUUAAAAAAAAUGUGAUUGUUAUUUAUAAAAGACAGUCAAUUGUUUUCCGAUUGUUUCACUUGUUCUUUUAUCAGAUCAUUGUACUCACGACUGCUCGCAAGAGAAUAACAGUUUACUUCAAGACUGGAUGUGUAUGUCAAAAUCACCCACCACUCGUUCUUUUAUAAUUAUUUUUAAGCUGAAUCGCCACGAUGUACAAACCCAC